AGUAUGGCGGCCUUUCCACCGUUUCAGCAGAUCGUGGGAAGCCAUGGUUAUGUGUAUGAUGCAUAUUUUAGCCAGGCUGAUCCUACUGGGUCUGGCAGUAUCGGUGCUCUGGAUGCGGCCAUGUUCCUCAAGAAGUCUGGUCUCAAUGAUACUGUUCUCUCUCAGAUCUGGGACAUGUCUGACCCGAGUGGGAAGGGCUAUCUGGAGAAGCCAGGCUUCUGUGUGGCCCUUAAGAUGAUCUCCCUUGUACAGAGUGGCCAGGAUCUUAACAUCUCUAAACUCACUGUAGAAACUCCUGCACCAAACUUGGGCCCAGUGCCAGAACAACAAAGCAGUCCAUCUAUAACAGCAUCCACAAUGCCAUGGGCCAUACAGGCCCAGGAUAAAGCAAAAUAUGAUCAGGUAUUUGACAACCUGGCACCUGUAAAUGGCAUGCUGAGUGGAGAUAAAGUACGGCCGGUGUUGAUGAACUCCAAGCUGCCAGUAGAUGUGCUUGGACGUGUCUGGGAACUCAGUGACAUUGACCAGGAUGGAUUCCUUGAUAGAGAUGAAUUUGCUGUAGCAAUGCAUCUAGUAUACAGAGCCUUGGAGAAUGACCCGGUGCCCAUGACGCUGCCUCCACGGCUAAUUCCGCCUUCUAAGAGGAAGGGUGGCAGCCGGGCGCCACUGCCUGGGGCAGUACCUGUCCUGCCAAUGCCUGGGGCUGUGCCUGUCCUGCCAGUGGCUGGGGGUAGGGCCAGCCCCAGCAUGUCUGCUGACUCUCAGGCCAAGGCUGCCGCGUGGGUGGUGAAUGCUGCUGAUAAACUCAACUAUGAUGCCAUAUUCAAGAAGGCUGACACAGACGGGGACGGCCUUGUGACAGGAGGGGAUGUGAGGGACAUCUUCCUGCAGAGCGGUCUCCAUAACACAGUUUUAGCUCACAUCUGGGGUUUAUGUGAUAUUAAGGGCAGUGGAAAGUUAAACAAUGAACAGUUUGCUUUGGCCAUGCACCUGAUGCAGCUCAAAAUGAAGGGCGUUGAUCCACCCACUCAGCUGACACCAGAGAUGAUCCCACCAACACUGCGCCCAAAACCGGGCUCUGACCCAGGGGCCUUUGGGGUCAUGGAUGGGACCAACUCUGGACCUUACAGCCAUGUAGCAGAUUUCUCAGCCAUAAAGGAACUAGAUCUCAUUACAAAGGAAAUUGAUGAUAUUAAAAGAGAAAAAAUCCAGGAGGAGAAGAAUCGUGCCCAAUAUGAGGCUGACAUAAAGAUCCGUAAUGGAGAAGUUCAGACAGCUCAGAAGGAGCUGGACAGCAUUACAGCUACACUACAGCAGCUGGAGAAUCAGAAGAAAGAGGCUCAGAAACGCCUAGAUGAGCUGGAUGACAAGCGGUCCAAUUUAGAGCGUAAUGUAAAAGAGUAUGAAGAAAAGUGUCAAGAAGAAGAAAAGCAGAUUAAUUCACUGAAGAGUCAAAUAACGAAUCAGGAAAAAUCAGUGAAGGACCAGGAGGAGGAGCUGAACAAACUGAGGUUAGAGCUUAACAGUCUGCGUGAUACUGAGUCACAGCUAGAACAAAGCGUGGAGGCCGGCAAACAACAGCUUGAACUACUGGCCAAGUCGCACAAAGAUAUUCAUCUACAGAUAAACCAGGCCAAGACGAAGAUACAGCACAUGCAGGAUCAGCAAAGAGCUCUGGCUCAGAGCAUCGGCUCUUACAGUAACCAGUUUAAUGGGGAAUUGAACUCUACUCCAUUUGCCAGCGACACUGACAUCCUGAGUACCAGGGCCACUGCUGGCAGCAGCCCUGUAAGCACAAUGAGUAACUUCAGUAUGGGAUCAACAGUAGAAGACUUCAAAGAAGACCCAUUCAAGGGAAAGGACCCAUUCAGCAGUAGUGGUGAAGCCUCCAACCUAGAUCCAUUUCAGAAUGAGGAUCCGUUUAAAGAAAGUGACCCAUUUAAGUCAGACACAUUUGCGUCCGACCCGUUUGCCUCGGAUGACCCGUUUAAAGAGGCAUUCCCCUCAGUGGCACCCACAAAUACACAGAAUGAUCCUUUUGCUGAUAGUGAUCCAUUUAGCGGGGCUUUCUCCUCCCCCAAGUCCAAGUCAGGGUCAUUUGACCCAUUUGGGGGAGGCAUGGGGGGUGGGGGUUCUCAGAAAGCUGGUGCUGAUAUAUUUGGUAGUGAUCCUUUUUCUCCAAAGUCUAGAUCUAAGCGCACUGAAUCUCCCACACCAGCUUUACCUCCCAAACAGAAGAAGCAGCCCCCGCCCAGGCCAGCCCCACCCCGGCCAAAACUUAGCCCAGCCACCACAAAGCCAGUCACAGCUGACCCCUUUGGAAGUGACCCAUUUGCAGGCUCAGACCCGUUUGCUAGCUCCACAGCCUCCUCAGAUGCUUUUGCCAACUUUGCAGACUUUAGUCCCAGCAAGUUUGAAGAGGACAAGUCAGCUUGGGGGUCAAACCAGUGACCAAUCAACACUUGCCAUUUUUCAGGUGAAGAUGGAGAGAUGGCAUGGGCAGUGAAAGAAAGCAAAAAACUGGACAAGCAGAGGAAACGUCAACAAAAAAAAGAGGAGUCCGAUUUGAAGUUGGCCCUUGCGUUGAGUAAGCGGGAUUCCAAGAGGGAGCGGGAUUCCAAGAGGGAGAGUGAAGCCUA